AUGCCUAAGAAUGUCGCGAGGAAGCGAGCCACCAGUGGCAUUGCCAGGAGAGUCAGUAGACCUCUUGGUUCUCCGGCCGUCUCUCCUGCACCUGGUUCUCCAGCAGUCUCUCCUGCGCUAGCAAGUGUAGAGGGGACUGAAGUCGCGACACUGGAUGUUCACAGCCUGUGGUGCUUGAUUUGCCAUGAUGGCGCUGAGGGCGACAUUGUGCUUUAUGAGUGCAAUGGCUUCCCCCAUGUGAUGUGCAACAAGUGCAUUGAUGUCCCUCACGACUCUCUGCAGCUUGUUGCUUGCCCUGACCUCCUGUUUGUGUGCCUUUCCUGUCAUGCUCAGCGGACCCUCAAGGCACCUGUGCCUUAUCAUGGCUUCUACAGAGGGAGCCUGCCGGCACAAGGAGGGCAAGCUGCUCUCCUAGGAUUCCUCCAGGUGAAUGGCAGGUUUGAGACUGCGUCCUCUGUGGUAUUGGCCGCCACUCCCAUUGCUGUCAUCCACUUUAUCAUCUGCGGUAGCAACAAGGUUGUCAUGCCGGUACCUUUACUGUCCCACUACUUGGACUACUAUUUCCCAAAUGGCAGGUACUUUUAUCUCAAGGUCCCAUUCGACAUUACUAUGCACAAGAAGAUUGCGGACAUGUCUUGGCCUUUUUCGGAUCACUCCGAGGAAGACAGUGGGUGGCUUUUCGCCGGAAAAGAGAAAGGUAAAUUUGUUGCUAUGAGCAUUUCUCAGGUACUAUCUACUGUGCUAGGGCCAUAUCAUGGCAUCCUCAGCCUCGCCAUUAUGGUAUUCCUAGUGUGUGGCUCUGUCAUGGCCCAUGAUGACGCCUUUGGUGAGCUCCAGGAAGUAGUACUCAACUGUGAUAUGGCGCCUGCUAUUAUAUUUCCUGCCACGUGUUUCCAACCUCUUGUUGCCACCAACAUUUUGGUAGCUAUGGUGGAGCAGGUGGUAAUCAAGCAGCUCAAUGUCCGUAUGGCAUUCCCUAGUCUUCUCUCCCUCUCCAGUCGUCUUGGCCAACACACCAAGGUGAUUUUGAUGACUAGGGAUGAUUCUGAUGGUAUCCACAAGCUCCUUGUCACAACCUUUGCACGUGCCCAGCCCCAGACACAUCCUUGGGGUAUUCAAGUCCCUGCUCAGUGCCUUCUCUGUGGAUUGACUAACAGUUGGUCAGUGAAGGUUGGAGGCAGGUCAUCCAAUGCACCUCUUGACCACAAUGUUCCAGACCACAAUGCUGUUCCCAGGCACCUAUAUUCCUACACUUAUACUGAGUGUGGUAAUGCUCAGGGAAAGACUCGCUACAAGUUUUUCGUUGACAAACCACCUAGUUUCAUUGUCAAGGCUGCUAAGACCAACACCUCCGGGUGGUUCCAGUCUCCUUCCACAAAUUUUCCUCCACUGCCUUCAUGUGUUCUAUGUGGGUCUUCUGUCACCCAAGGCAAGUGUCCUAUGAGUAGGGAUGGGGAAGUGGUUACUAAGAGGAUGAGAGUUUGA